ACCCCCCACCUGUUGCUUUCCUCAACUUGUUCUGCAGCAAAGCAGCAAGGCCUCCACCCCUGGGGAAGACUGGGAACUGGCAGGGAGGUCAGAGCCAUGGAUGCUGAGAGACAUUACUGCCAGUUCCUGGGAUGGAGGGUUGCCCGCUCAGGGGGCCAUGCCUGUGCCUGUCUUUCAGCCUUCCUCACAGCCCCCAAAGCCCAUUCUGUCCUGAAGCGCUUCCCACAGGCCAAUGGCUUCCUGGAAGAAUUCCUCCAGGGCACCAUUGAGUGUGAGUGCGUGGAAGAGGUCUGUAGCUAUGAGGAGGUCAAGGAGGUGUUGGUGGGUCUGGGAGAGAGGAGACGGUAGAUGGAGUUCUGGAAGGGCUACUCUGUCAAAGAUGCCUCAGAUGGGACAGACCGCUCAGACAUCAUGUACUUGGUGGUGCCCCUGCUAGGUGUGGCUUUGCUUAUUGUCAUCAGCCUCUUCAUCAUCUGGCGCUGCCAGCUGCAGAAAGUCAUGUGCCACCGGCCCUCCUACCCUCAGAAUAGGUGCUUGGCCAGCCGAGCAGCUUGCAGCUUGCCCAGGGUGAUGGUGUACUGGGAGGCUUCUCCCAGCCAGGAUGAAGCCCACAGCCAGCGGGACCCGAGCAGCAGAGGGGCUGACGAUGGUGAGUGGGGGCAGGGGUCACCCAGUCAACUGGCCAGGACACUUGGUGACCCAGACCACGUGGCUCCAGUCCUGUCUAGACUGUGUACUGCCACUCCACCCCCCUCGUAUGAAGAAGUGAUGGGGCAGCCUGACUGUGGUGGCAGCAGCAGCACAGAGGAGCCCACCUUGUCCUACAGUGACCCACCACCCAAAUAUGAGGAGAUUAUGAGUCCCCUUCGCAUCCCUGGGAAGUAAUGGCCCCCCAGAUGCUCUCGGCCAGGUGAUGCUCUCACAGAAAAGCCUUAUCCUCCAUCCUCACCAAGUGCUCCAGAGGUGGCCGGUGCUACCCACACCCUUCACCCCUUCUGCUGGGAUGUUACAGGACCCUUGGCUUGAAUGGUUCUGGUUGCUGAACUGUCAGGGAAAGCAAGGCUGGACUGUGCCCCAGGGGUCCCCGGGGGUUUUAGGGGAAGCCUGCUGAACAGCUGUUUGGGUGGUUCCACAGGAAGGAGGCUGGGCCCUACCACACCCCCAGCCUGCAGCAAGGAGAGGCUGCCGCAGCUUCUAGGAUGGGGCAUUCAGGGCCUUUGAUUCCCACCCUUUGAACUCACUUCCGGCAAGUGUUUGGCUGUCACCAGCACUGAUGGCAGAUAGGGUGGGGUGGGAGCUGUACCGCUCUUUCUGCCCACCUGGGAUGGUUCUGGUAUGGUAGGGAGGAGGAGGGUAGAUAUUCCUUAUUGGGAUGUGCCUGACCUGGGAAAAUGUCACCACUUCUUUUCUGCGUGGUCACUUUCUCUUUCUACCCAGCACUGCUUUGUCCAACCAAGGGAGGGUGGAGGGAAGAAAGCCCACCUCCGCGUUUGCUGUCCCUGUGGAAUGUUUUCUUUGUCUAUGGAUUCAGCCCUUGUUUGCAGCCUCCUUCUCCAAAGACAAGUAGUCCAAAGCAAAACUGAAUCACUGUAUUCACAAAACCAAUGCGUUGAUGUUUGCCAUUUUCUGAGGUACUUGUUGCACUGGUAGGGUGUGUGUCU